CAGCGUAUAGAACUGUAGUGGGGCUCCAGUGAGGCGUGUACCCCGACAGUGUAUAACGGUGUAUCCUCUGUGUAUACAUGUAACCAACACAUAUGUGACACACAAUAACACAGCAUUUGUGUAAUCAGUUAGUGCACUAUUAGUGAAGAGGAUAUAUAUAUAUAUGUGUAUGUGGUGUGGGAAUAUUCCGAUGAAAUGUGAAGAGGGCCGGAAAAGAAAACAAAUGGACGUAAGGUGUAGUGUUGGCAGGAAAUUAAUCUAGGAUCAGGUAGCAGUCUCGGCUAGACGUGGAGGCAGGCUUAACACAAAAGAUGCCAAGAAAGGAUGACCGCAAUAGGAAUGUUGAUCGAGAGGUGAAGCUCAUUAAUGUGUCGUCCCGUCGAAUGAUGCUAGAACGUGAGCGCGCUGUGGAUGGCGCUCGAAACCCCGCCUUCAGCAAGCUUGGCUCCACCCUCCUGGAUACCUAUACAAAGCCAGACCAGAGCCUCACGAAACAGUAUCGGCACAUCAACUCUCAAAUCCGCCGUAUGGAAGCUACGAUGAGACUCAAGAAAAAACAAUUCGUGCAGACCUCACAGGUUUUGAACUAUGACCCCAUAAUCCUAGUUGAGCGGCCGCCAUCCCCGGUUAAUGUAAAAAUGGCACGGGCUAAAAUCAUGGCGGAAAAAAUGAAUGAAGAAUUUAUCGCGGAUGAAUACAAACCGCAUUAUAUGAGACAAUUGCGAACAAAAGCAAGAACGCCCUCAACGCUGAUGACUAUAGAUGCGUUUACCGUAAAAUCAAAAAAGAAACGCAACAUUUGGAAUAAAACAAUGGACGAGAAAGACCCACCAGAAUUCCAAAGUACAGUGAGGCCGUAUUCAAAACUAACCGAGAAAGAAAAAACCGACUUACAGAUUGGCUGGUCUUACCAUAAGCCUCGUUUAGAAGCGGAGGAGGACCAAGAACCUAAGAGGGAAAACACAAUGACGCCAAAAGCGAAGAGGACGCAGGAGAGCGAGGGGGAGACGGACAACGAGGAAGAAUUUUUGACCCCAUUCAUCACUCAGAUGGCCACCGUUAGACGUCACAGCGCUUCCGUAGCAACAUCUGUUCAAAAGUCUACAGAUCUUACGAGUUCGAGUAGGGAGAAAACGAGCAACAAAAACGUCAGGUUCGUCAGUUCGAAACCCAAUAGUGCAAAUCUAAGUAAAACGGGUGUAAGUGGACUAGUGAGAAAACCAAAAACAAAAGAAACUAAAAUUGGAGGUUAUUACCCGGAAGGGAAAGGUGCAGGAUAAUUUAAACCCAGAACUAACUCUACCACUAACAAGUUCAACACGUAGAAAAGACGGUCAUGGUAUUGGGCUAAAUAAACUAGGACUUUUUACUCCAGAGACAGUUGCUGAUAUAAUCUUGGCAUGUAUAUUACGAAAAACUAAUAUUAUUUAAAAAAAGAAAUAAGCAUCAAUUUGCGGAAUAACAACUAUUUAGAUGCCCUCAACUUCAUAAAAUGUUAUGUUGUAUUGUUCCGUAUGAAUUUCUCUGUCUGUCUGUCUCUCCCUAUCUUUCUCUGUCUGUCUGUCUGUCUGUCUGUCUCUCCCUAUCUUUCUCUAUGUCUCUGAACAUUUCGCGAAAGCUUAACAAAUUUGCAGUAAUUAGAAACAAGAUGUGUCGAAACCGCAAUAUAUAAAAAUUAUAUAAUUUCUUUUAGCAUCGAUACUUUCAUUUUUUUCUUGAUUAGGAAAUAUAAGUUUCAACAAUUUGACCAAGAAACUAAUAUUUUAAACAAGCACAUUAUUAAUGUAUUUUUUCUCA